GAUUGAAGUCAGAAUGGACACAGGAUUCGAAAUCAUCACGAAAAACACCGUCUUCGACAGCACUCGCAACGCCCAUGAGGUCAACAUCUCCGCCCAUCUGCAUGGCCGCUUCAUCGCCGAGCAGGGCGAGCUGAUCUUCUACCGCCGCAACAAAUUCAAGGUGCUUGGCAGUCUGGUGCUGCCGGCUGUGAGCAUCCAGCGGGACGGGGAGUUGCAUCGGAUUACGAGCCUGGAUGCUGCCCUGGACGCCGUCGAUUCUCAGGAAGAGCCGGUGAAGAUGUUCAACAAUAGUAGCAACACCACUACCGCGACGACGAUCCUCUCCAUCGAUCCAGGCAAGGAAAUGUCCUUGGCCUGGGAGAAAGUCCAGUUCCGCCAUGCGACGGUCAAACGACGGGGAUCAUGGCAGUAUUUCCAUGUGCGGGUCACCAUCCUGGCCAACAUCAAAGGCAGUCGGCAUCUUCUCUGCCAGCUGAAGAGUAUGCCUAUCACAGUCCGAGGGCGAUCUCCAGGCAGUUUUGCAUCAGACAAUACAGGAAGCACUUUGAAAAGGGCAAGGGGAAAGGAAGACACCACGGUGAAUGCGACAAACAUCACCGAGACAGAGACAGAAACAGACCUUUUCGACAUGCUAGACGACAAUUUCCCAAUCUCGCUGCUUCCCAGUAUUCCCGACUUGGACUCGAUCUUCAACUGCACCUCGAAUAUGGAGAGCAUUCCCGGUAUAUUCCCCUUUCGGUCAACGACUGGACAGUGCCUGUGAGUGCAGGAAAUCGGCCUCAUGCAGUCCAUGCCCAGAAGGUGCAGUCUGUUGCCAGGAAGCAGUAUUUCCGGCGAGGGAUGGUAUGAUAGUAUGAAGGAGUUAUAGCCAGGUGGCCUGGACUUUCUGGUGUUCUUGGGGGAUACAAUAUAAUGAUAAAUGAAUUCCAUCAUCCAAAACACAGUCAUAGGCAGUAUCACUGUGAUUGGAUUAAUCAAGAGUUAUGAUGGUAUUAUAGCAUGGACAGUAAUAAAAGCAC